GGCAGGAAAUCUAUUAAGCGCAGUACCAGUGAAUGUCUUCAACAACCUCACUUCCCCCACUAUAGUGUCGCUGGCCCGGAAUGGUAUCAGCUAUGUACCAGUUGAUGUGUUUGCACCGUCUCCGAAUCUGUUUGUAGACUUGUCGUCCACUGGCCUUCGCUUCAUUCAAGACCAUGCCUUCGUUGUGAACAGGUUUAUAAAUACUAGAGGGACACUGUACGACAAGAGGAUGGAAAGCAAUCGUGCCGCCCUCCAAGCAACCUGCCCAUUCGCGGCGGACGUUCGUUUCUUCGAAGGCAGCGCCUAUUCCUGUUCGUGCAAAGCUGGCCUGCAGUUCCAGUCGCGUAGCUGUGUCCACCAAAUCAGCAAUGGUAACUGUGACAGCUCGCCUCUGCCAGUCGAUCGGUGCCGUCUGUUUCCAGUGCGAGUAGGAUAUGUCAAUAACACUAAGCAGUUCUCAGUUCUAGAGUGCCCAACAGGCAUGUCGAUGGUACCGAAUCCGUGCUACGGCUACGCCAGUGAAGGCUCGGUGCUGUUCGAAGCCAACAGGACGUGCAACACGCUGUUUAACGCUUACAUCUGCGUGUGCCCGGGCAGCACAAAAGACCAGCCACGGCAGCUUUGCGACGCUGUUACCUGCCCAGCCCCUCAAGCACCAGCAAAUGGAUCCAGUACAGCCACCGGGGAGGCACUAACCUUUGUCUACGCCCAGACAGUAGAGUUCUGGUGCAAUCCAGGUUAUACAGUAAAUGGUUCAGCGUCAACUAGUUGCAAGGCAGAUGGCAGCUGGACUAACCCGACUCCAUAUUGCCAAGCUAUCCAGGAAGGCAGUGUGGAUAACGUUGGCAGCACAUCCGAGCCGGUGGUUCUGAUUGCGGCGAGUGUGAGUGUCGGCUCUGUGCUGCUCGCCAUUCUGCUGUUCGUGACGCACCGCUGCACGCGAGCAAGGUGCUGGAUGCCGUCGAACCGCACCAAGCUGAAGGGCAACUCUGAGCACAGAGCACUGCAUAACCUUGUCAACAGCAGCCAGCCGAGGCGGAAGCGCCAGAACACCGUUACGUCUCUGAACACGAUAAUGGACAACUGUGACGUCAAGGGCAAGGGCAACUGCACCGACCCCAGCUGCUAUGUCAACCAGGAGGGCAUGCCGCACACCAUGUCGACGUGUGACAAUGAGAUGGGCCGGUAUAUGGGCGAUGUGACCGCUCCGCAGAGCCUGGUGUUGCUGCCAGGGGCCGUCUCCGGCACCGAGCGGAGCGUGGACAGUGGCGUCAGUGACAUGCUGAGCUUUCGACGAAGGACGUCGUCCGACGCCGAUGCAGCGGCUCUCGGAUCGUUGACGCACAGCGCCACCCAGCAUGCUCACUACCAUAACUCCUCGGCGGUGCCGAGCGGCGGCGGUGCCAACGACUCCCCGGGGGCUUCGACGCCAUCGCACAAGGCGUAUCAGAGUAAUGCGAUUGGUACACCACCGCAGCAGCAGCAGCAGCGCAACACCCAGUCGAAGUCAGCUAACGACCGUCGUGCUCAGAACCAGGCAGCGCCGGGCCGAUCGCGCACGGACACGUUUGCGCCGGUGAACAACGAGAGAGGACGCUCGCGCACCUGCGGGCCCAUUCUUACGGAGAACAUCGAAUCGCCGGAGCAGCAACGGGGUAGACUAGGCUCGGUUUAUCACACACUGAUUGGGCCCAAUCAUGAAGAAACUGUCGACUCUGAAGAGAGCGCCGACUGCUACCAGGAGUUGAGUCAAGUUGCCGCAGCGCUCAGUGACGUCAAACUGAGGAAGGCAGCGCGCUCUACACCGCGCUCUACACCGCGCGGCAGUCCCAGUGUUCUGCGGAGCAUGACGCAGCGUACGGAGUGCGACGUCGAGAAGCCACUGGUCCGGCCGCGAGUCAAGAGCUUCACGUUCAUGCCAAACCAGAGUGUGGACUCGCCGUCGUCGCUGCGAAGCAGCAACAUGGCCACCAUCCACUGCUGUGAACACAAACCCCACCAGGAUGGCGACAUCUACGACAACGACACUGGGGGCGAGUACGAGGCCUUCGACAGAACCGACUUGCCCACGAGUCGCCGGCCAAGCACUGCCGAGCCGCUGCCACCUCUACCGUCGAUGUGCCCCGCCAGCGCUGCGCUCAACAAGAACAUUGCCAUGACGCUGAACGACCACUGGCCGAGCAGCGCCACCAGCGAUUCCCCGCCUGUCUGCCGCGCACAGCUGCAGCUCAACGGCGACGACAUGUCAGAGCUGUACCUGACGGCCAACGAUAUCAUCGCCAGGAACAGUAUCACCACCGACGAUCGCCCUGUGAGCCCGACUACUAUCCACACGAGUGCGGAGGCGAGUGCGAGUGCGAGUAGGCACGCAAUCAGCGGCGUUCCCGACGUGCAGCCCGCUUCAUCUCUCCCUCGGCAAGCGCCGAUCCUCUACGACGAAACGACGUGCGGUAAAGGUACAACCGAGGACAGCACGCUGGGACGCCUGCCGGUCUUCACGGGGGCAGAUACCUGUCCGUUGUGCUCGGGGCUAGUGAACGAGCAAGGGAGGUGCGCGGGCGAGUGUGAUGUAUUGUACGGUAGUGUUAGCUCCCUGGCACAUCAGCUUAGGGCCAGUGAGUUUAAUGCCGCUGCUGUUGCUGCUGAUGCAGACGAAGUGUAUGACCUGGCACAUGAUGCCUAGCAGCUGUGGUCGUGAUGCCGCCGACAAUCACUCUCAACCGGGGGGCCGGUGGCUCUGGUUCAUUGCCAGUGCUACCUGCUCUUCCCUGGCAAUGGACGGCUGGCAUGUCGCAAGUCAUAGUUCUGUAGUUCUGAAGGCAGCGAGCCACUUGUCAGUGUUCACGACAACGAAGGAUUCGAAAUGAAACAGGCAAUCACGGAUGUGUGUAUCCACUUCCACACGCUGGAAUGACUGUCACCCAUGCCAGUGCGCCUAUAACCACCUGUGCUACCGAACACGGCAAGCCGCCAGUCGGACUGUGCAGAAGCGAGAUGCUGACCGGCGGCCAUGCUGCUCGGCAGCACCGGGCCAGCAUACGGUCACACGGGGAGGCCUUGCAGAAUUCGACUUGCUGCUGCUGCUGCUGCUGCAGGCGUUAGCGCAUGACCAGCAUUCCAACACCACCAGUUGACACGCAGGACCAUUGCCGUUAUCAGGCUUCUCGAUUUAUUUCGCGGCCAUCGUGUCGCUUUCACUUUUUCGUUUGUACUGACGACCUGAUAUGACGUAACUCUGGACAUUUCCUCAGACACUCAACCUUAACUAAGACCAUAUCCGUCCUACGGGUCAAGUGUGUGUUAACCUAAUGGCGUCCUGUAGAACUACCGCUGAAGGUCACGCCAACGGAUAACGCACUCAGCGCAGCCUCUCUACGGCAGCAUCCACGACACAUGCUGCCGUCAAACUCCAUUCACUGCCGGUGCAUCCUAUUCAGAACUUAAUCUUCCAUAAAUGCUGCGUCUCGAUCACCAUCACACACUAUGGUCUCUGACACAUUUUAAAAUUGCCUUCCGCCAACACGUUGAUCUAGAAUUGAUAAUUUCAUCUUUGUGCUAUCGUCACCGUUACCUUUUUGACUAGCCAUUUCUUUCUUCUUUUUUCUCUCUCUCUCUACUUCUUGUGUCCGAGUUUACUGCACCAAGUGCUCUGUUUUCAAUGGAUACCUCCCGUCCCCUUCUCCACACCGACACGUCCGAGUCAGUGGCAAUAGCUCUUCCCUGGAGGGGGUGCUGGUGUCUGAGACUGUGACUUCUGUUUCUUUGGCGUCCUGUUGUGUUGAAGCCAUUGCCAAGUGAAGCUGUUGCUCCUGUCAUGUAUGAAAAUACAUGCACAGCGCGAUCGGUGGAAACAC